CAAUAGAUGAAGUAGAAUAAACCUUGUCCACUACGAUUACAACGCACUGUUUACAGUAAACAAAUUAUGGUCGUCUCCCCUGAAGGUGAAGAUUAUGUGAGAGCGGCUCCUGCAACGUGGACGACAUGAUCAGAAAAAGCAGGAUCUUCUGUUUUUAGUCUACUUUCUUUCGGCAACGUCGCGGAGUGGUAGAGCCAUCAGUCAAGCUGUUGCACUUCAGUACCAGAAGGAGAACAUGCGGGGUAGCGGUCGAACGUUGCGUAGGCGGCGGGGGAUGCGGCGAAUCGGCUCGUUUACCUUCCUCUUAACCCAGUUAUCGCGAAGGCAGGUCACUGCGAUGGAACUGAUAAAGGUCAGACAAGCAGCUACGUCUAAUCGAGGCAGUUCAUCCGCGAUAUCUUCGCAGCCGAAUUCUACUUCUUCGACUAAUUCAAAUUCUACCUCUUCGACUGCAGGCGCAAUAUCAGGGGUUGUAACGAGUUCGACGACGGAUGCUGCGACGAC